UCUCUUUGUUGUGUAUAUAUAUAUUUAGUAAUGGAGGACUUUCGAAGCAGAAGUUUAGCGAUAAAAGAGCUAGUUGCGAAUUUAAGGGAUUGUGGGUUCUCUGUUUCCGAAUUGGAUUUUCAUAAACCUACUUCCUCACGUACAUUGGACCUUUACACUUUUUUUUUCAAGUUACUGGAUCCUUGGAUGAUUCCAGCCUAUCGUAGUCUAUUAGACAAUGCCAAGGAUCGUUUACAACUUGCAUAUAUAGACCAAACCGUUGUGUUCAAUGCAAUGGAAGACAUUACCAUACAUGGUUUCCUUAAAGACUUUCUCUCCAUGAUUUCCGUUCCUGAUUUUGAUUUGACUGAUAUUCUGACACCCACACCUCAACGACAAACGUUUAUUGUUCUGGCAUUGAAUAAUUUUACUGUAGAAGCGCUUCGUUGUAAGCGACACAUAUUACCACUUCUCGAACCCUUGAAAGAACAAGCAGAGACAUUUAAUAGAUUAUUAGCAGAAAAGGACUCUCUUGAUAAACUUCUCAAGGAAAAACAAAAAAGGAAAGAAGAAGAUAAUCGUUUAGCGGAUCUGAAAGUAACCGAAAAUGAAAAGAUUCGGGAAGUCUUGUUUGAAUAUCGAAAGGAAUCCGAAGUCAAUGGAACUUCAUUAAAAUUAGAUCGUGAAAAACGACAGCGUUUAAAAGACACUGUGAGUGGUGUUCAUUUUGCGCUGAUGGAUUGUAAGAGCAAGUACACAGUGUUCAAGGAUAACAUUGAUAUCGAUAUAGAAAAAGCGGAAGCAGAAAUGAAGGAACUGGCUCAUAAGACGGACAUGGUCAAACAAGAGCAACUGAAAAAACAACAAGAGUUGGCGCAACAUAGAGUAGAACGUGCCUUGGCAAAGUCAAGAUCAGAACUAUUAGACCAACUGAAGCAAUCUGCAGCAGAGAACAAGCGAUUAGAAGCUGAAUUAAAACGACUAUGGCAAAGUGUGGAAACCAUGCAAAAGGAAAAAGAAGCGGCGUUGGACGAAGAACGGGAGUUGAAACAAAUCAUCAAUCAAAUCGAAAUAAACCUAAGAACAACAGAACUCGAAAUGGAGAAAUGUGACGAACAAGAUGCUAAACUGGACGAAACUAAAAAAAUCUAUUGGGAAAAAAGCAUCAAGCAAGACGACGAAUUGAGAGAAACCUUGAAAGAGUUACGUCGUGCCGAAGAUGCAUUGAACGAAGAAACGAAGGGCUAUCAAAAGCAAAUCAAUGAAGUUUUAAGUGCUCAUAUGGAAGUAAUGGAAUUAUUAGCGCCUAAAAUACAAUUAUUGGAUGCUCAAAUGGAAAGACUAUUACUAGAAACUGAAGAUUGAAACAAAUAAAACUAGAGAAGAAUAAAAGAGAUCACUCUCUCUUCCUCUUUCCC